AUGGCACAGGUAGAGAUAAUAUUGAAGGAGUACAUCAAACCAUCUUCUCCAACACCCCUUCAACUCAAACACCACAAUCUGUCCUUCAUUGAUCGUCUUCCAACGCCAAUCUAUCUUCCCUUCAUACUAUUUUAUCAAAAUCACGCUUCAUCUCAUCGCUCCCAAAUUUCCCAGCAGCUAAAACAGUCCAUAUCUCAAGCCUUAACCAAGUUCUACCCCUUAGCAGGAAGGAUACAGGAUGACGUUUUCGUCGAUUGUAAUGAUUCAGGGGCUUUAUUCAUCGAAGCUCAAGUUCGUUCUUCCCUUUCAGAGGCAACUCAAAACUUUGUAAUUGAGGAAUUCAACCAUUAUCUGCCAAUAAAGCCUUACGAAAUUAUUGAGAAUAGUUUGAGAAAUGAUGUCCCAUUAGCUGUUCAAAUCAGUUUCUUUAAGUGUGGAGGCAUGUCUGUUGGAGUUUGCAUAUCGCACAGAAUAGCUGAUGCAUUAUCUGUCGUGAUGUUCUUGAAUUCAUGGGCUGCUAUAUGCAGGGGUAGCGACGAUAGUGAGAUUCUGAAACCAAAUUUUGAUCUGGGAUGCCUUCAUUUUCCUCCUCCAGAAGAUGUCCCUAGAGCCCCUCUUAUAUCAGUUGCAGAUAAACAAAAGAUUGUUGCAAAGAGGUUUGUAUUCAGCAAGGAAAGGCUGGAAAGAAUCAAAGAACUAGCUUCAUCAGACUCCACUUCUACAAUAAAGGAUCCAACUCGAGUAGAAGCGCUUUCCGCUUUCAUAUGCAAGAAUUUCAUUGAGGUAAAUCGGUCAAAACUUGAUUCUGAAACCAUGUUUGUUGCAAUCCAUAAUGUGAACUUGAGACCAAAAAUGAAAUUACCACACGAUGAAUUCGCCUUUGGGAAUGUUUCCCUACCUAUUUCUGCCGUGUUGAUGCCCGAGAUGGAGAAAGAAUGCCAUAAUUUAGCGGGACAUUUGAGAUAUGCAAUAAGAAAUGUAAAUGAUGAUUUUGUGAAAAAUGUUGUUCAACAGAGAGAGCCUUAUCUGAGGAUUUUGAGUGAAACAAGGAAACUUUUGUCUAAGGCAGAGAUGUGUUAUUGUAACUUUACCAGCUGGUGUAGGUUUCCUGUAUAUGAAGUGGACUUUGGCCGGGGAAAGCCUUUUGCAAUUGGCACGGCAGCUGUGCCUAGGAAAAACACCAUAAUUUUGAUGAGUACCAAAUGUGGUGAUGGAAUAGAAGCAUGGAUUAACAUGGCGGAAGACCAUAUGGAGUUGCUCCCAAGUGACUUUCUUUCACUUGCAAAUCAUGAUUUUUAG